AUGAGAGGGAGCAGCCCAGUGCAGGGGACGAUGAUAUUCUUCAUCGGAUGCCUUGUCGCGUGUGCACAGUGUGGUCUUGAUAAUAAGCAAAUGGUGGUCAACCAAGAUGGUCAUGCGGCGAACACAAGUACCAACGCUACCAUCGUCAACUCGGCGUCUGUAGGCGAGAGCAAGAUAACCUUGCAAUUUUGCGUCCGCCGUUACUUUUGUCAUUUCUCAGAUGGGCUCCGUUUUACGUGCUACUGCUGCCAGAAUAAUGAUGCCAAGUGUUUCAAGAGGCGGAGUGACUGCCUGGACAACUGCCCUACCUGCAACCCUGAAUGCCCACCUUCAUCGGGGCCUCAGGGAUAG